CUAUUACAAUUAAAAUCAAUUUUUUAUAAUGAUGAGAAAGGAUAUAGAUGGUUAUAUAAUAAAUAGAACAAAAUAAAUAGGAAGGGGGGCAUUUGCAACAGUAUAUGAAUGCACAAAAGAAGGAAUAGAAAUGCCAUUAUGUGUUAAAGUAAAGAACGAAAAGUAAUUGAAUAGGAAAUAAAAUUAACUACUAAUGAUAAUUAUGAUAAAGAGGCACUUUAAAGAGAGAUAAGAAUUUUAAUUAAUCUAAUGAAUACAAAACAUUCUAAUAUCAUCAAAGUGCUUGAUAUCUUUGAGAGUAAGGAUUAGACAGUGUGUUUCAUAUUUAUGGAAAAAUGUUGUUAAGGGCAUAUAGAAAAGUUGAUUAAAACAAAAAUUUAAUGUUGUCAAUUGUUUACUGCCUAAUAGAUUAUAGAGAUGGUCACAUAAAUUAUUUAAGGAUAUAGUGUUUUAUAUAAAUCAUCAAUAAUUCAUAGAGACUUGAAACCCGAAAAUUUACUAUUAGGUAAUGAUGGUAAAAUAAAAGUAAAAUCUGUAAAGUAUAUUUAGAUUUCAGAUUUUGGUUUGGGUAAAAUUUUAGAGAAAGAGACAAGGAAUUAAUUAAUUAUUCAAUCUUAAGUAGGUACUCCAUAUUAUGCUUCUCCUUAAAUUUUGAAUGAUGGUAAAUAUUCAUCAAAAACUGAUAUAUUUAGUGUAAUUUAUUAUUUAUUUCAAUUUAGUUAGGUGUCAUAACUUAUUAUUUAAUAUAUUUAUAAUUGCCAUUUGAAAGAAGAAAUUUAUCUGAAUUGAUAAAAUAGCAAGAAUAUUUAUUAAAAGGGAAGGAUAUGAUAUUCCCUUCUAUGAAAAUUUAAGGUGAAAAAUAAGAAAAGGAUAAAUUACUACUAUUUUUGUCUAAAACUAUCACUUAUUAUGAAGAAAAUAGAAUAGAUUGGCCAGGAAUAUUUAAAAUGUUUCUAUCUCCUGAAGAAUACAUUUAAUCAACAGCUUUGAUUUAAUAAAAUUUUGAAUCUACUGAACCUAUUGAAAUAGCCUCAAGUUUAUUAAAUGAUAACACAGGAUUAAAAAGAACUUAUGAAUCAUAUUAAUCUUAUCAAGUUAGAAUGUUAAUACAUAAUUUAAUGGCAAGAGAAGAAUUGGCAAAAUAAGUAUAGUAAAAUUUAUUUUGUUUGUAAGCAAUAUAAAUAAAAUUAGAAAUAAAUAUAAUUAAAUUUUUGGCAAUUAAGUGAAAAACAUUUUAAAGGUUUCUCUAUGUGGUUAUUAAAUGGCAAUCAACUUAAAUUAAAUAUAUUUAAUUUCUAAUUAAUAUGAUUAGAUAUGUAAAUAAAUUAAGUAGGUCUUCCAAGAGAAUACUAUUAAUAUAAACUGUGAAUUCUAUUUAAAGGACAAAUAUGAAAAAGUAGAAUAACAGAAAGCAGAAGUAGAAAAUAAUUCUAAAAAAAAUUAAUAACAAUUCAAAGUAUCAUAAAUUGAGUAACAUAGGAAUCGAUCUAAAUGGUUCUUCAAGGUAGUGAUGAAUUUAAAGAUGAAGAUUUCAAAAAAUUUAAGAUUCUUUUAUAGAAAGGAGAAUAUUAACCAAAUUUUGAGAUAUAUUCUCACUGGUAUAAGUACUUUUACAACAAGUAUGUUUUAUCAAAAAUGCAGAAAUAUUUAGAAUUGGCCCAAGAAUAAGAGACUUUGAUGUUUAAAAGAAGAUUUAUAUUUUAGGUUUUUUGCUUUGAGUAAAAAAUUUAUAGGAUUAGAGAAGGAGUUUCCAAUAAAGGACUUCUUUACUUUGGAUCCAUUAUAUAUAUAAUAUAUGAAUUCUGAAACAGAUUACUUAAAAUAAUAUAUUAGAUCAAAUGCAUAAUAACAAUAAAUGAUAGAUUAGAAUAGAAAUGAUAAAUGA